CAAUCUUCAUUGGCCAACCUCAAGGCAUCCACUGCUCAACUUGUGGGCAUCAUUGCCGGCGCCCGGCACAUCCCGGCCGGCUCUGUGGACGUCCACCUUGUUCUAACAAAGCAGGUCACCACUCUUUUGGCUGACAUCAUCCGGGCCCAUGAGAAAGGGGAGUACAUCCCUGGAAUUGUGGUGUCCUGCUCUAAGGAGCUGAUGAGGGUGCGUUCCAUGACUCCCCGGGCAUUGCCCAACUGGCACAGCAUUGGCCAUGAUGACCCCCGGGUGGCUAGACACGCCUGGCGCAAGCAAGUCCGUGCCUGGGAGGCGUUGGGUGACAAUUCCUGUGAUCUCCCUGUUGUCCCUAACGUUUCCACUGGCCCACUCACUCUCAACCUUCCGUCUCCACCUGUCCCUUCACCUGCACCUGUCCCUUCCCCCACCCCCGUCAUUCCCUCACCUCCGGUCAUUGCCGGACCUUCCGGCAAGACGACCCCUGAGGUCCGGGACAAAGGAAAAGGUAAGGCCAUCUCUGUCGACCUGUCGCCGGAAGUUGGGGGGAGCAACAAGAGGAAGUCUCCAAUGAUUUCUGGACACUCCUCCCAACCUCCAAAGUCGGCGCUGAAGGCUCGCAAGCGUGCCAAACCAACUGAACUCCCCAAGUCGAAGCCGUUUGUGGAGUCGGAAGAUGAUGAAGACCCAAUUGUUCAGCCGAUUUUGCGUGGAGUGCCGGAGGUCGUCCUUCCCCAGCGCACCAUUGUGGUAAGGAAGCCCCAGUUGCCUCGGUCACCCGGUUCCCCCAAGAAGCAAUCAUUUGGGCCUGCUUCGCUGACUGCCGGCAGUCGUCCGGAGGUUACGAAAUCUCCCAUCAGUCGUCCGGAGGCUCAGGUAAGUCUUAGAAGUUUUCCAGAAACUCAUAUUCGUCCGGAAGUUGAGGAGGAGUCCUCCGAUGAUACUUCCAGUGCUUCGGAUGGUGACCCGCCAGCCACUACCACAUUUGACAUCACCAUUCCCGGCCCAAACAACCCCUGCCAUUAUUGUGUGAAGGAAAAUUGGCCCUGGAAGUCUACCACCGGCCGGACGCGUUCCAAGACACCCGCCCCUGCUCCAUCCAAUGCUCCAUCUCCCUCCCGGUCAAGGGCCCGAACUCGUAGUCAAUCUUGUGGCCCUUCCCGAACUCCGGCCAUCCCUGCUGCAACUACACCCCAGGUGCAGUCACGUGGUCGCAGCAAGACCAUCACUACCAAGAAGACACCUGCACCUGCACCUGCACCUGCACCUGCACCUGCACCUGCACCUGCACCUGCACCUGCACCUGCACCUGCACCUGUUCCUGCACCUGUCCCUGCACCUGCGCCAGCUGCAGUCAGGUCUUCCAGCGUCGCAGUGCCUCGUGCAGCACUCAAUGUUCCCAUGCCGGAUCUCCAUUCCAUGGCCAUCGCGAUUCGGGAUGGUGCAGCUCGCAUCGCUAUUCUUGAGGCUCGGGUGCAGGAGCAGGACGCUAAGAUUGAUACCCUGCAACGCCUCCAUGAGAGCCUCCGGCGCACAGUGGUCGACCGGCACCCUUCAUUUUCACUUCCGGACACACCGGCCGAUGGAUUAAUGUUGCUUGAUCAAGGAGUCAUGCAACCUACACCCUUGACGCCUGAGCAUGGAUCUGCUGUGGUAGGUCCCAUGGUUGAGCCCAUCCAAGUUCAGCCUGAGGGUCCACAAUCCUCCGGUGAAAUUGUUCUCCCUGAUGAACCAGGCAACCUCCUGCCAGAAUUCCCCGGCGAUAUUGUGGUCCCUAAUGAACCAGGUAACCUCCUGCCAGAAUAUGAUUCUUCUGAUGAGGAGAUGGAUGUUGAGGGAAAGGUUGAUCUUCCUGGUGAGGAGGUUGACAUGGCUACAUAAUUGCUCAGUGAUAGAUGUACAUAAAUGUUUUUCCAUGCAUGUUACCUAUGCCACAAUUGAAUAAUUCCAUGAUGACUCCC